AUGACUAAUGCCAUACUCCUAGAACACGCCCUGGAGGCGCAGCAGUGGGAGCAAGGCCUGGUCAUUCUUGGGGGCCGUGACCCUGGCAGAGACAAGGAAAAACGCUCUCGCACAAGCACGCACAAAGUCCGCACUGGCUGCAUCACCUGCAAGAAGCGCCGAGUGAAAUGCGACGAAGGCAAACCAUCUUGUCGCAACUGCACCAGGUCCCACCGCCAAUGUGGAGGAUAUACCGCCCAGCAGCCCAAAGGCCCUGCCCUCGUUUGUUGGAACUCCAAGACCAGGCCUACACGCGCCUCUCCUUCAAGCCCAGCAGCUCUACAGGUGCGACUGGACCCUGAUACACUUGGUAUCCAGGACGACCAGGGCGUGCGGUACUUUCGAGAGUUUAUCACACUGGCACAAGGGUCAUGGACCAACUCUGCCUUCAACAACGAGCUGUGGGAGGUCACACUACCGCAGCUUGCCCAUCACAGCGCUCCUCUCCGCCAUGCGGCGAUGGCUAUUGGAGCACUGAGCUUCUGGCACCGUGAAGCCGCACAUGAGUCGUUGAGAGCGGCGAAGCGGCGACCAGACCUUCUCACCGUAGACAGAGACUCGCAUUACUUUCACGCCCUCUCCCACUACGGCAAGUCGUUGAGAGUCCAGCGGGAGCAGCCCUCUGUACAAGACGCAUUAUUCUUGUCGCUGCUGCUGAUUUUCUUCGAGACGCUCCAAGACAACAGAAAAACCGCUCUGAGCCACCUCAACCAUGGCUCGUGUCUUUUGCUGAAUUGGAUAAGCGGAAAGGAUGGAUAUCAGUUUCUGAAUAUGCUUGGGCCUAAUCCAAAGUCUGUGCUUGGGUCCAUCGCAGAUAUCUUCCGCCGCCUGGCGUUGCAAGCCUACUCGAUCCUCUUCUCGCGUAUUAGUGACGGCCCGUCUCUGCCGAAUCUAGUAACUGGGCUCAAAACUCUAGAGUCAAACGUCGAGACUUUCAUGCUGCGGCUGGGGCUGCUAACACACCCGACCUUGAGUCUCGACAAUAUCCCGGAGGUCUUCCACACUCUUGAUGAAUUUGAAGAGUACAUCUCGGCAUUAUGGGUCACGCAUACCAAUUUAGGGCAGAUUAUGAAGGACGCAAUGAAAGGCCAGGACUUCUUGAACACGCCGGUCGAAGGCAUCAUCACCGACAUUAUAGACAAGAUCCUGCGUAACAACCAAAUCCAGGAGUUUUCCAGCAACACAUCACAGAAUAUGGACAAGAUCGACCGAGCAUCACGUCCUCUCUUCGACCGACUGGUCAUGUCGGACAAACAAUCACCCUCCUACAUCAGAGCCAUCCACCUCCGCCUCCAACUACUGUCAUUCAGCGUCCAAUUCGUCAACGACCCAGCCAUCUAUCUCGACGUCGAUGCCCUCGCCACAAAGCAGACUCCAAUCUACCGAGAGUACUUGUCCUUGUGCAACAUUGCCGUGCGCGCCUUCACCGAGCAGUCCAAAACCCCGGCGCAGCAGCUCUCGUUGCAGUGCGAUAUGGCGUGGCAUCUGCUCGUGAUUUCCUUCUUUUGCCGCGACCCGCUUACGCGUGACGAGGCGGUUUGGAUGCUGCGAGAUUACCCUGGCCAGGAUGGGCUCUGGAAUACACGGGCACUCUACCACUUGGCUGAGAGGAACAGGACGAUGGAGCUUCGUAAUGCCUCCGAGGGGAGUUUUGAAGAGCAAUGGAAGCGGCUCUGGCGGCGGGAGUUCUUGUUCGAAGAUGGCGGUGACCGUAUCGUGUUUCGUUUCAUGGACAAGGACGACACGACGGGAGAGUGGUCCAAGGUCGAGGAAGUGGCUGAAGUUGGAUAUGGUUUUCUGGAGGUGAAAUGGAAGAGGCAACCCAUCACUGGGUCUGGAGGGUUCUUAGCUGGCGAGUUGUAUGCAACUAGCUACAUAGCAGAGUAUUAA